UAGGACAAAAUGUUUAAUACUGUAUUACAAGAAUCAGAAUAUUUUAACAGAAACAAAUCAUAUUAAAAUACUUCCCCGCGUAGCUUAAUAGAAGGCUGGAUUGUCCAUAAAUGCGUUUGUGUGUGUUUUUAUAAUGAAUGGGUUCACCAUCGUUCACAUUGGUCACAGUGCACAAGUCACACAAAAAAAUGUAUCUGUACGUUUGUAUAUCUGAUUUCAGACUUUCUUUUGGGGCAAAUUCUUCCCACUUUUGCUUUUCAGAUCAUCAAGCAAAUAUCUAUAUAUCUCAGAAAAGACAACCCAAGUAAAUACAAAAUUCAUUUUCUGAAUGAAAAUCUCUCUUAUUAAAGGCGGGGGGAGGAUCUAGACAUAAACUCUACCUUUGACAACACGCUCAGUAUUUGUCCAUAAUUCAUGUGUUUUCACCACAGAUCUAAAAAAAAAAAAAAAGACUGGAUAGCUCAUUGGCCACCAAAACUGAAGUUGCCAUCCGCCAUCUUGAUACUCCCAAAACAACCAUGCCGACCUGUGCAGGGACAACGAGUAACUGCGUUAAUCGCCAAUUUCGUGGCUAUGAGAAAACAUUCCACAGAUCCGUGGUUAUAACGGUAAACACACUUCCAGUGCAAUGUGCUGUUUUGGGGAGGCAAGGGGCAUCGCCCACGUGACCGUCAGGAUCCUCUCGCGAGACGUGACGCACUUCGGCGCACAAACAAUCAUCCUCAUCUUCAUCUUCCCCAGACGCCUGCUCGGCUGCUCGCUCCGAUUCCUUUUUGCGGUCUGAGAUGGAGGCUUCGUCGGUGCCGGCGUCGGUGCCGGUGUCGGCCGCUCACAGUCUGCUCCUGCUGCAGCAGCUCAACGUGCAGCGCGAGUUCGGCUUCCUGUGCGACUGCACGGUCGCCAUCGGGAACGUUUACUUCAAAGCUCACCGGGCCGUGCUCGCAGCCUUUUCCAACUACUUCAAAAUGAUCUUCAUCCACCAGACCAGCGAGUGCAUCAAAAUCCAGCCCACCGAUAUCCAGCCUGACGUCUUCAGCUACCUGUUACACGUGAUGUACACAGGAGCAUGCCCCAAACAGACUGUGGAACCGACGCGUCUGGAAGACGGGAUCAAGUUCUUGCACGCACACCAGCUGUGUCGGAAGAGCGGCGAAGGGCCCGGGGCCGGGGCGGACGCCCCCGUCACAGACACGGUGCGCAUGUCCAACCUGUAUGGCAUCCAGAUCUCCUCCCAGGUUGCCGGUAAGGAGGCACCUGCCGCCGCCGGUGCUGAGCCGGGAACACGGGGUGGGCGUGCCCACUCGCAACCAUCGCUCGCCGUGGGAUUGCAAGGUGACCGAUCGGACGGUCGUGGCUCUUUGCCACAGGACGACUUGGAUAUCUCCGCCUCCAUCAAGCAAGAGCGUCCGGACGACGAGGUCGUCGGGACCGGGUCUCCGCCUCAGGAAAGUCUCGCAUCCAAAGAUCGAGCACCGGCCCUGGCGUGUCCCCGUUGCGGCCAUUGCUGCGCGUCGCCCGAACGGCUGCGCCAGCACCUGUUCAGCCACGCCCUCCACCCCGCCCUCUUCAUGGAGGGGCUGUCGCACGAGGGCGGCGGCCUCGACGAUGACGAAGCGGCCGGCGAGCGUCUGGACGCCGACCGCCUCCAGGAGGCGCUGCGGCAGAGUCGGGCACUGGCCGCCCAGCUGGCGGCGGAGCUUAGGAGGAGCCGUGUAGGAGCAGCGGAGGGGGCGGGACUGAGCGCUGCCCCAGCCGCCGCCGCCCACUCCCGCAAGCGCAAGAUGGCAUGCGCUGUGUGCGGCGUGCGCUUCUCACACAAGAGUCAGCUUCAGGAGCACAUGUACGCGCACACCGCUAAGCCGCCCAGACUGCACCGCCACAGCCAGCUCUUCCAUAGCUCUGCCCACUUCUGCCCAGAAGGGGGUGGGGUCUCAACCAACGACGCCCUCCUGGAGGUUAGCAGGGACGCUCACGACAACGGGAGCUCCGCCUACUCGCUCGACUCAGAAAUCUCGCAGGAGAGCGGCGGUGAUGGCGGGCGCGGCGAGUGACACUAAGGGAAUUGGGUGACACUGCCCGUUGAUGUGCAGAGACGAGAAGUCCCACAGUGACUUUUGUUGAUAGACGCGUUCAUCGUUUUGUCUUCUGUGUGGUUUUCAAAGUAAAAGUUCUGAUCAAACACA